AUGAAUAUUCUGAAACACAACUUCCCCACCCACUGUUACCCUCUGCGGCCCCUCCAUCAACCCUCUCUUCGCCCUCGCUUUCUCAGUUUUGCCUCUCUUGGAAGAAGUUUCCGACUCUCCUCAACCAUUUCCGCUACCCCUUACUCUCUCACCAAGUCUGCAGAGAUUUCGAAGGUUUUAGCAAUCCCAAUUUCGAUUGGGAAGGAUGAAGAGAGGGAGAGCGAAGAUUUCGAGGAGUACUUGGCAGAAGAUGGAGAGGUUUAUCAGAAGACCUUGAGAUUGGUCGAGUGUGCAAUGUUUGCUGCUGUCUCGGCUUUGGCAUUUCUUUUGAGCAACUCUCUAGCCAUUGAGAAAUACUUUGCAUGUUUCUUUGCUUUGCCGAUAGUCCUUUCAACUAUGAGAUGGGGUGUUGGAGCAGGCAGGAAAACCAUGGUGGCAACUACUGUAUUAUUGUUCGUCUUAUCUGGUCCGGUGAAAGCAGUUACUUAUUUGUUAUCUCAUGGUUUGCUUGGUCUAGCGAUGGGUACCUUUUGGAGGUUAAAGACAAAUUGGGGUGCUUCAGUCUUCCUGUGCACAAUCGUCCGAUCUAUAGGAUCUCUAGGAAAUGUUGUGAUUGCCUCAUAUCUAAUUGGAGAAAAUAUAUUGGCAUUGAUCACUAUAAAUCUUCAUGCUCUCGUCACAUUUAUCCUCUCCGCCUUCGGCUUCAUCUCAGUCCCAUCAGUGAAUUUUAUAUACUUCACUUUCGGGCUUCUUCUCUUGCUCAGUUCUGGUGUCUUUGUUCGCCUCCUCUUCACCGAUCUUGCUGCGCGGCUCGGGCCGUCCGCUGCUAUUCGGGCUGGUCUCCCCUCUCGACGCCUCGAAUCACCACCGGUUGCAGGUCUCGCUAAAUCCCCUAAAGGCGCCUCUAUCGCUGUUCGGGGUACCCAGGUCUUCGACCGAAGGAGUUCAGCGGGUUCCAGCCAGCUUCCUUGGAACUGGUCAGGACCAAGGUUUGUUUAUCUCUCCCUCUUUUGCCGACUUCUUGUGUUUAGUGGUUCGGGCUGGCCGGUGGUUUUGUCGAGACUGGUGGGGGCUGUAAUUAGGUGGACGGGUUUGUGGUGGUUGGGUGCUUGA